AACCCUCAGGGACCCCCCAGUGCAGGCAGCACUACCGUCGCAAUGUGAUGACGUUAAUGGAGAGCUGAAGUCACAUGACAGCAGAGGAAGCGGGGCUGCUGAUUAACCCGUGCAAUCCCGGACAGAUGCGUAAGGAGGAAUCAUUUGGUUUGUAGAUGACAGUAUAAUUCCGUCCGGCAUCAUGUAUGGGAGGAGCGUCUGAUGUGAUCACCCGGGCUCUGCAGUGAGGAAGUGUCCGUGUCAUGUCACUAUAGUCACACGACUCAGAACCAUGAAGUUGAAAUCCAGCAUCUGCCUAUCUGCCACCCUGGUGAGCCUGGCACUGUAUGCCUUACUGCGCUCUGAUGGGAAACAUCAGGUCCGAGUUAAAUCAGUCUUUGACUUUCUAAGACCGGCGUCACAACAACUCUACAAACUGGAUGCAGGCUGGCCGAGAAACCCAGAACAUAUUACCGGCGUGCCCUUCGAUGUCACGGUGGAUCAUCUGAACUCAUUGGUUUAUGUAGCGCAGAGAGGAGAUAAUGUGUCCAAGGUGCUGGUGUUCACAGAGGAAGGAUACUUCAAAACAGCCUGGAAGACCAACACACUGGAGAUGCCUCAUGGGAUAUUUGCAGUAAUCGAUGAAGAACAAGUGAAGGCCAUUUGGAUCACGGAUGUGGGGCAAGGACCUUAUGGACACGCAGUAAAACAGUACUCACCAUCUGGAUCUCUAAUUAAAAUCCUGGGGACACCAGGUAUAGCCGGGUCACGUCUGAGCCCCCUCCAAUUCGAUCAGCCUGCAGACAUUUUUAUUAAAGGGGAAGAUGAAGUAUAUAUUGUGGAUGGAGACGGAGGGCUGAACAACAGGCUUCUCAAGCUGACUGAUGAUUACAGCUUGCAGUGGACAUUGGGAGGUAACGGAACAAGACCCGGUCAGUUUUACAUUCCUCACAGUGUGGCGGUGGAUGACGUGGGCCGUGUCUGGGUGGCAGAUCGUGGAAAUAAGAGGAUACAAGUCUUCGAUACCAUCACCGGAGAAUGGAUUGGAUCCUGGGACACCUGUUUCUCUGAAGAUGGUCCUUACUCUGUCAGGUUUACAUCAGACAAGAAGUAUGUUGUGGUGGUCCAGCUGAAUAUAAGCAGACUGCUGUUCUUGGCUGUACCUCCAGUUGGAGAAAUCGGAGACUGCAAUGUUGUCAGCACCAUCCAGAUGGCUGACGGGGUCCGACCUCAUCUUGUAGAUGUCAGCAUCAAAACCGGUUCCAUAUAUGUUGCAGAACUUGGUGCGGAGCAAGUCCAAAAAUAUGUGCCCCUUUAACCCCUUAACGACAAUGGACGUAAAUGUACAUCAUGGUGCUGUGGUACUUAAAGCACCAUGACGUACAUUUACGCUCCGCCAUGACCGCAAGCACCGGAUCGGUGUUCGUGUCAUGAGCGGCAGGUUCCGGCUGCCGGUAAUGGCGAACAUCCGCGUUCGCGCGGAUGUCCGCCAUUAACCCCUCAGAUGCCAUGAUAAAUACAGAUCACGGCAUCUGCGAUAGUGCAGGACUUUAAAAUGGAUGAUCGGAUAGCCCGGAGCGCUGCCGCAGGAAUCCGAUCAUCCAUAAAGGCGGACGGAGGUCCCUUCACCUGCCUCCGUCCGUCUCCAGGGGUUGUUCUUUCCUGUCUCACCACUGUGCUCUCUGCUGACACCUCUGCCUGUCUUAGGAACUGUCCAGAGUAGGAACAAAUCCCCAUAGCAAACCUCUCCUGCUCUGGACAGUUCCUGAGACCGACAGAGGUGUCAGCAGAGAGCACUGUGGUCACACAGAAAAGAACAACUCAACUUCAGCAGCUGAUAAGUACUGGAAGGAUUAAGAUUUUUUUUAAUAGAAGCAAUUUACAAAUCUGUUUAACUUUCUGGAGCCAGUUGAUAUAAAAAAAAUGUUUUUUUUACUGGAAUACCCAUUACGUUGGACACGCAGCCUGAUCUGACAGUAUCAUGGUUUUGAACUGUAAGAGUUGAGCCGUGAAUCGCUGUCAUUGUUCAAAAAUGAGAAGGGAUUUCUAUAUAAAAUUUGAUAUACACAAAACUGUAUAUCCUUCUUCUCAGCAUCUAAUACUGCAUUGUUUCCCAACCAGUGUGCCUCCAGCUGUUGCAAAGCUACAACUCUCAGCUGGGAAUUGUAGUUUUGCAACAGCUGGAGGCACACUGGUUGGGAAACACUGUCCUACUGUAUAAUGUGAUGCUAAUAGAUUAGACAGCUUUUUCAUGGUGACCGCUUCCCUUUUAACUAUAGAUGUGAAUUAAUGUAUGUAAAUGUACUUGUGUUGUGUCUGUGUUAAGUUUCCAUUUUCCCUCAUAUUGAGGGAAUGUCCUGGGUUUUAAAGCUCUGAGGAUUUUCAUUGCAUUGUGCCAUAAAAUUGCUUUAAUUAAAUUUACCGGCCUACUUUCCAAGCCCAAAACUGUCUGAUCGUCCAGGAUCAUCAGGGUAAAAUCCACAGUGGAUUUUGAUACCACUGAUUUUAAUGGGUCAUCGGAAAAUCCGCAAUAAUGGCAGAUUUGUGGAUUUUCCACGGACCCAUGAAAGUCAAUGAUAUCAAAAUCUGCAGCGGUUUUAUAUGUGAACGUAUCCUUUCUGUGCGGAAUUCUGAAAGACUGUAGUUCUGCUGUAGUUUAAUGCUUAUUGCUUUAAAUUGGAUUUGGCAGUCCCAUUGGCAGACAGCAUAAUUUCCAUGGCGGGCAUUCCGCCGCUGAAAUUCCCUUUUUGUCAUUCCGCAAAAAUAUAACACCAGUCUUAUAUUUUGCGGAAUUCCGUGGCAGAAUCCCGUUGAAGUCGAAGGGGCUUUCAAUUUUGGCUGAGUUGGCUGUCACGCCCCCUCCAUAGGCUUGCAUUGAGGGGGUGGAGCAUGACGUCACACGCGGGCGGAGUCGUGACGUCACUAUGCUUCGUCCCCGUGAUCGCCAGUAAUCAGACCCAGAGCGAGCACGCUCCGGGGGCCGAUUCUAACGGGGUGCGGCGUGGAAGAUCAUGGGGGUCCCCAGCCCCAUUAUACAGAUAAGAUGUCUUAGUGCCGGAGUACCCCUUUAAGCAGGACUUUGCUGAACGGAAUCUGUGCAGAUUUGCCGUGUGAACAUAACCUUAGGGUUCCAAAUAAAAAAAAAACCUGCUUUGAAUAGGGGAGAAGGUAGUAAGUUUAUCUAUCCUGAAAAAAGGAUCGGGCAGCUGAUUUCUCUUUCCCCUGAGACCCGUUGUUGGGGACUACCAGUCUUGCUCAUAUCAGUGGGUUUACCUUAUGAUAAAGGAAUAGAAAACCAGAGCUAAUUUCUUCUAAAAACAGCACCACACUUGUCCUCAGGUUGUAUGUGAUAUUACAACUUGGCUCCAAUCAUUUCAAUGCAACUAAGCUGCAAUACCACACACAACCUGAGGACAGGUGUGAUGCUGUUUUUAUUUUAAACCAACUCUGUUUUUCUAAUCCCGGAUAACCCCUUUAUUCUUAGGAAUUGUUCAUACUAAAAAUAUGCAUGGAAUACAAAAUAAUAUUUUAGUAUAAACUAUUUAGUAUUGUGCGCUAAAUAAUCCUUCCCCACGGGCACGCAGUGGAUCAUGCUGUGUAUUGUAAAUUAUAAAAAACAAAAUCUUGAAUAAUAUGACUCCCUAGGUGCCAUAUUCUUCUCUAAAGCCAAAAGAAAAUGCAAGUGUGAAUAAAGCCUAAAACAUAUAUAUAAUUAUUUUUCCUUUACUCUGUCAGAUCCUGUUGAGUCAUUUUGAGGGAUUGUUCCAUGUUGUUCAUUCUGUCGUUUAAAAUUGCUAUGAUGUUUCUGUUCUUAGUGAAUACUCAAGUAUUAUUGUUUGUAUUUUGAAAAUAUUGUUCAAAUCGGAAGUUUACGAAAUAAUAAAAUGUGAAAUUUG